AUGCCAGCAGAGGUGUUUGUGACUUUCGCGAAAGAUUAAGUAGAACCGCCUCUUGAGUUUCCACUCGUGGAGAUUCACACAUUCAAUUAAUACUUUACCUUCUAAAUUGAGCAGCCAAAGUCUAUUUAUCGCUAGCAAAGUUCCAUAGAAACUAGCUUCACCUUGCCAAAAUCAUCUGGAGAAGGAUUCAUCUUUAGAUUGAAAGCAGAAUUAAGUUCAGCGUUCAGUGACGAGGUAUAAUAGGGUAUGCGUGUCUCAUUAGUAAACAAAGGGUCUGAGAAAGGUAUACUUGCCGAUGCUUCAUCCUUGGAUUAUAACUAAGGCUCUAUCAACAUAGAAUAUGUAGAACUGCAGGAGGGUGUUGAAUACACAGUAAGAUAUGACCUCUACGAUAAAGAAUUAAUUAGCAGCGGUGAUGUUGGUGAAAGAUCUUAAUCUAAAUCUACAGUCAUGUGCUAGCUUCCAUUUGUAACCCAAGAGCUACUUGUCAUUGAUAAGAAACUUGCCAAGUCUAGAAUACAACAGCACAACAGAAACCCAGACAGAGAAGCAUUCGAACUUAGUGCUGAUAUCAAGUGCUAGCUUGAUCAUCUUAAUAAUACAAUGGACUCUGAAUAUGGAGAAGAUAAUCUUUACUGUGAGCCAUAUACCUACAAUUAUAAAUCAGGCUCUAUUCCAUACAACUCAGACUAUCGCAUUUUUAAGGAGCAUAAAUUCAAUGUGAGAGGUGCUUAGAACAAGCUAAUCACUUAUUGGUAUGAAAUGACUGUAGGUAUCAAUUUUAUGGUCUCAUCUUCAGUCAAAGUCUUACUCGUUAGGGAGGACAAAAAGUUUGAAAUUGGAAAUCAACUAGAGUGCUUAUUUGACAAAAGUUGUGUGUUAGCCUCAAUGAGCUAAAAAAACAUGAUGAAGAUAGAUGUAAUUCUUACCACUGGUAAGUACAAAUUAGUGUUCCUAGAGGAUGAGUCAACUGGUAUGAGAAGAUUCCUGGACACAGAAGCUAAUCUGGAACUAAGACCCAUAUCUUUGAAGUUUAAUUCCUAUCCUGUACUCCAAAAUGAGGAAAGAGUGAACUGCCCCUACCUAUAUAUGGAGAGAGAUUUCAUUUAAGAGAGAUUUAUUACUGGAAAGGGAGGCAGAAGAUUCUAAAUGCAAGAUAAAAUCAUCAUGAACGUCUUUAACUUAACAUAACAGUUUGACAUUAAGCCAGAAAAAGACUCUCUUAUUAAGAUUAGAGUUAAGGAGGCAUAUGGUGUCAAUGCAGCAGUAGUACUGAAUUAAGGAGAGGACUGUAUUGUGUAGUCAGAGUAGGUUGGAACCACUGAGAUGCUAUUAGGUGAAGUUUAGAAGGGUAAACUUUACUAUAUCACCUUCUCCUUUGACAGUUCAGUUAUUCAGGUAUCAGAAUUCUUCCAAUGUCCUCAUUUCAACGUUGAAAUUUCUAUGAUCCCUACAGAUGAAGCAAAGAAAAUGGUCAAAGAAGGAGACUAGUCAGUUAGCGAUCUUGAAUCACAGGAAGCCUUAGCCAGCAUUUUUGCUAACACAAAAACCGCCAGCGUUGAUUCAGGCUAUGCGUUUGUUGAUCACCAAAAGAUUUUCCAGUUCAAAUCUCUUCAAGAUAUAUUAAACUUUGAGAUGAGUUCAGUUAGGUUCUAUGUUCUUGAAAAGACUUAAAUGUUUGUCGAGGUCUUCUAUGAGCCAUAUCUGUAUGACGUAGAUAUAAGUAUAGUUUCAAAUGAUGCAUUAAAUGUGAGAUCUCACCAAAAUCUAAAUGAACUGAAGACUGUUGAUUGGACUAAAUACAAGGGUGAUAAGAAGAUUUUCAUAGAAUUAGAACCUGGUUCCUAUGAUAUAAAGUUUGUUUAAAAACUACUUCCUCAUGCAUUUAGCAGUCUUAAGGAGUAUGCUAUUAAAACUUGCUAGUUCUAGUUGUUAAUGAUACUUAACUCAAAAGUAGAUAGACAGUAAAUCUUGCCCCCAAGUUUGAAUUACCUUGGUCUUAUUGGACCCAAAGGGUCUGAUUUUGGUGAAGUUGUAUAUCAUUGCUCAGGUUGCAUAAUUGAGAAUGAGAUGUUUAAAACUAUUGAGUUUUUAAUUGAUGAUGAUAACAAUGAUGUCAAUUUCAACGCAAUUAUGAGCAGUUCAAAUAACAAGCUAGAGUUGCUUUUUGAAUAUGUUGAAGAUGUAAAGACAGACCUUAAAAUUCAAGGGUCUUAUGGAUAGAUAUUUGAUAAUGAGGUUAAGAAGGGAAACAAGACAGGAAUAAGAGGCAGAAUUGCGAAGGGCAUUGCAGAGUAAAAUGAGCAGUCUCUGUCCGUUAGCAAACUAUAAAAUAAAAAGAAGUAUAGAAUUGUAUUGUAAAACAAUGCAGACAAUGAACUCAUAACAUUUGACCUGAGAAUUGAGCUCAUAGAAAAGCCUUAAAACCAGCAAGUUUUCAGUUCUUAGAAAAUUUUGCCUGCAAGCAUAGAUGAAAUCAAGAGAUUUAAGAAAAGAGGAGAAGGUCUCAAGGAAAGUGAUUUUUUGAUUGGAACUAAAUUCAUGCUGAAUUUCAUGGAUGAAAAUUCUCUGAAACCUUUUUUGAGAAAAUCUAAUAAGGUAUAUUAAAGCAAGUACUACGAAAACGGUGAACCUUUCCUUAUGAAUCUGAAAUUUGAAGUUAAUGAAGAGCAAGCCUAAAUAUAUGCUUAGGUAAUCGAUUACUCAGCAGUCGCUGGAUUAGGUAUUAGUAUUAUUAGAGCCGAUGACUUGAAUGAUGAUUGGGAAAUAGUAUCCACACCAGAGAAGUAUCAUAGUUAUAUUUCUCCAUAGUCUCUUACUCGAGGUAGCUAUUAUCUAGUUGUAACACCUAUGACUAAAUUUGAAAAAGGAGUAGAUGAUAUGAUCAGAUUCUCUAUUGACUUUGUGUAUGGAACCGAAAAAUCUGGCAUAAUGGUACAGAUGGUACUGAACACCCUAGAGCUGUGUGAUUUACCUUCCUUGCCAAGAGCUCUAAAAGGCCCUUAGUUUAUUCAUCCUCUCAGCGGCCAAUCUAUUAAUCAUGAAAUAAAAGUGAAGCUCUCAGAUUUGAUAAGUUAAGACUAGAUUAAGUUUGAAAUUAUCGAGUAAUCAUUGGUAAUUGUAUAUGCUGAAGUACCUAAAGAUCUAACCACUCUCUCUUUAAUGCUGAGCAAAGAUAAAGGAACAUUUAAGAGGAAAGUGAAAUCCUCAGAUAUUAACAAGGAUGCUGAUAACUUUUUGAAAGCAUCAGAGUUUAAACACAUCAACGUAGUGCAAAUCCGUGAAUUCUUGUCGCCAGGUGUAUAUACUAUUAAGAUUGGUGCAGAUGAGCCAAAUACAAUAGCAUAUCCAUCCUCAUGCGUCUCAGCUCUAGUUAAGUUUUCAGUAACACCAACCAAAAAUGCUAAAAGUAGUCUUAUGGACCAAUGUCAGGAUCUAAAUAAUGUUGGUAGUAAUUUGAAAUUCGGUUCGGUUGUCAGAAGUAACCUUACUUACAAUCUUGGCACUAGAGUAUUUGAUACAGCCUACAUUAAUCUCGAUGAACAGGGCGAAGGUCCCUUCAUGAUUUACAUACAGACUAACUACGAUCAGCAAGUGGAGGGAUAACUCGGCAUAGGAUUGUAUAAAUUUGACAAGGACUCGCGUUAAUUCUCAGAAGAAUAGCAAUACUUGGUCUAGGACUCUUAGUCUAAUCUAUUUGCAGUGGUUCCUCAAGGUGUAUAUGUCAUGGCAAUUCAAUCACUCUCCAAUCAUGCUGAUAAGUACAGAAAAGCUCUUGGUGUACUCUCAAUGAAGUAACGAGGAGGAAAUGACUUAAAGCUACUGCCUUCUCCAUGCCUAAACGUCACUUACACUUAUUAUAUCACUAGUGCUGCUAAUCAUGACAGUCAGACUCUAAAUAUGGGGUUUGAAGAGUUCAUUAUUAAUGCUUUUAUGGGCGGUGGUGAACUUGAAAAAAUGAUGAAGCAAAGCGAGGAUGAUAAAAUUCUAAGAUAAGAAAUGGAAGAUAUUCUCAAGCCAUAGUGUCAAUAUGAAGAAAUGCCCAAGAAAAUUCAAGGAGGAGAAACUAGAGUCGACAACACCUACAACUUGCAACUAGGCACCAAGUCAGUUCAAUUUGUUGACAUCCUUGCCGAAGAAGACUCCUACUUCAAGCUAUUCAUUAAUGUGCCGAACCCCAAAAAUAACUUAAACGCAUUCUUAUAUGGUCAAGACUCAAAAUUGUUAGGCUACACUAUUCCUAAUGCUGGCUAGAGACAAAUUUGGCUAUAUCUUUAAUCACAGCUUAAACCAUACAGACUCAAGAUUGUAUAAGAUUCUUUGGACUAGACAGACAAUUGUCCUUUUUAUGAAAUGAGAGUCUCUCUAAACCCAGUGAAAGCCAUGAUUGAAGAUGAUCUCAAAUGCACUAAAAAAGAGGCCCCACCCUCUGAGAUUAAAAUUGGUACAGAGAACUUUGACUUGGAUGGUGAAUACUAAUUGUCAAGUGAAUUCUUUAGCAAAUAUUCCAAAGGCACUAGUUCUAAAAAGAUGAUAAGCUAUGACAUUAAUGUGCAGAUCCCAGACAUCAAGCGCCAAUAUUACUUUGAUAUUGAAACUAGAUUUGACUUUGAAGUAGCUGAUGUCAAAAUAAUGCUUUUCGCUUAAAACUAGAAAAACAAGAAUGAUCUCAUAUUCCUUGGAGAAUCUGAAUGGAUAGACCAGAGAAUCGAAGAUGUAUCUAUUAUUACUGAGGAAAGUGGAUACAACAUGGUGUCCAGAUUAAGACUUAACAACGUGAAGGAUGACCUGAGUCUAGGCCAGGAACUGUCUGAGAACUACGUUAUGAGACUCAUCUUCUCAAACUAAAUUGCUGAAAUGUUCAGUGAAUUGACUACAAAUAAGGUAGUGGAUUCCUCAACUGUGCUUUGCAUUACCUUUGAUCUCUCAGUUAGAAUCACCUAGGUCAUCCAUGAUGAAGAUAAUUACACACCUGACACUGACCCAACUGAAAAUGAGUUAAUUAGAAUAGACUGGCAAGGAGGUAAACUGAAGGAUUAAAAAUUCGACUCCAGACAGAAACUCUCAGUAUUCUUGCAAUUCAAGGAGUCUAUGAAAGAAGAGUUCAAGACCCUCAAGUUCACUCCGUUUGUCUACCUUGUGUCAAUAGAUUAUCAGAAGAUGGACGAUACAAAGAUAUUCCCUCAGACCACAAGACUUUCCACUGUUGACAAGUCUUCUAUCAUUCUGACAUUCGGCCAUGGAGUUCUUUAGAAGGGCAAAUGCUACAGAAUGCUGUUUGAUACUCAAACACUAGGGGUCAGAUAUGAAGACAUAGCUAUGAAGGAUCAGAAUGUUAUAUGUACAAGCAGUUGCGCCUGCAACAACAAAGGUAUGCAAUCUUGCGAUGAAGCUAAUGGUAUCUGUCUUUGUCAUGAACCAUUUACCGGGCCAGAUUGCUCUUAGUGCAUGAAGGGCUACACAUAUGAUCCAACAACAAUGGAAUGCCACCAAAGCAUGAGAUGCAUUUAAAACAAUGGAACUAUUGAUUGCAACGCUCACGGUACCUGCUCUGAGGAUCCAAUCUCAGGACAAGCCUAGUGUAAAUGCUUCCUUGGGUUCGAGAACGAUGGCUUUGACUUUUGUGGAAGAUGCGCUGAUCCCAUGUUCUUAUACCCUAAUUGUGAGUCCAGAAACUGGAUAGUAGAGCCAAGUUCCUACAACUGCGACAACUUACCUACUAGAAUGCCACCUUAGCUCUAUAAUGACAAUUACUUCACACAAACAGUGCCUUUGUAAAACUCGGAUGGUCAAGGCAUAUGGACAGGUAUCUUCAAGUUAGAACCUCCUUCAGCCUUAGUUAACAAAUACACUAGCACUCAUUAGUUCAUAGUUCCACAGAAUUCAAUGUUGAGGCUUUUUAUUGACACUCAUAACUCUGGAGUGCAGGCCAAGUUCAGAGUUCUAGACUCAAAUAAGGUGUUACUAGCCUCAAGUGCUCCAGAUAAGUUCUAAAUUGAGUAUGAAGGCAAUCCAGAAACUGAUUUGCUCUACAUGCCUCUCGACGAGACUGAUAAGAGCAAGCCUUUCUACCUAGAAUUUGAGUUUGAGUUCGUGAAGGUUGAUCAGGCCACAGACAAGUGCCACAUGCUCGAAAUAUACAUGCUAAUAUAACCUAUCUAAAAUGUCCAAAACCUACUGGUCUGCAGCUCAGAAGACAUUGAAGCAUCUAGGUAAUCGAAGAAGUUGAGUUACAGACUUGACUAUGAAUCGCAGUUUAUUACUGAAAAAUUCAUUCUGGCAUCAAACAUGCUAGACACUAGAAACCAAAACAUCAAGCAGUCUACUGAUGAGUUCAUUACUAUCGUAUACGACCUGAGCGUUACUCGUGGUGGCAAUGCUCUCUCAGCCAUUGCUAGUUAUUCCUUUGAGGAGUUAGCUGUUGAAUUAAGUCUUACUGAUAAGAAAACUUCUAAUGUAAUUGCUAUUGAGACAUUCGGUUCAUUGGAAGAUAUUGACACAUAGAUAAAGGAUAUGACACCAACCAAUGACAUGGUAAGUUAUGUUGAGAUACCAAACUUGGAGGCAGGAGACUAUACCCUCUAGAUAAUGAUUCAAAAAGGACUGUUCCUAAAGAAGUCAGUCAACGACAUCGCUUGCAUAGGUUUUGACUUCACAUUGGAGUAUGUUGCCAGAAGCGGCAGUUCAGCCUCAGAUGAGAAUGCAGAGCUUGAAGUAGUAUCAGUUAUGCCUCUUAAGCAGUAGAUUAAAAGACUUCUUGAAAGAAGAAAAUUCAAGGUACAGGUUAAGUUCAACAGAGACGUUGACAUCAACAAUCUUGAGGCUUCUGAAACGGAACUGAGCAAAACCUUUUUCCUUCAGAAUCUGAGAAACUCGUCAGACAGGCUAGCUUCUCAGUCCUUGAUGCAAGCUGACAAAGACGGAUUCGUAAUGUACUUCGACUUCUCAGUUGUCUUUAAACGUAACAUCACCGAGGAGACCUGCUAUAGCCUGAUGAUAGAUAGCAGGCUAUUCAAGCUGCCUAACAUUGAGACUAAGUACUGCUUGGUUCCAUAUAAAGAAAGAGAAGUAAAAUGCAAUCCAAAUGCAAUGGCUAGACUAGAGGGUGGCAAAUGCCAAUGCUCAUACCCUUAUAAGGGAGCUGAGUGCGAAGAAUGUGAUUCUGGCUUUAUUGUUGAGUAAGACUUCUUGAAGCACUCUCUCUGUGUUAUUGAUUUGAAGCAGUGCUCACCUGCUAUUUGCAACAACCACGGAGACUGCAUACAGAUUGGAAAAGAGAAAAAACUGACUGACUACCAAUGCAGGUGUGAAGAAAAAUAUGACGGUAAAUACUGCAAUAAGUGCAAAGACACUAAUUACGCUUACCCUGAUUGCCAUACUAUGCUUGCUGAAGGCAUGAACUCACAAGAUUAAAGCAAUCAUCUUCAAAGGAGGAAAUACAGACAAGAUGGCUAUCAAAAAGAUAAAUAGGACUAUUCAUUCAGCGAGAUAGCUGAGGGCAUCCACAAAGAGCAAUGUCCUGUUUCAAACUAUCCCAGAAAUUUGAACAGAAUUGAGUUUUUAGGAGAGUUCGGUGGAGAUAUGCACUUAGCUGAUUUCUACUCAGUCAACCAUGACAAGGACAAUGUGAUUCAGCUUACCCCAAAGAAGCCAGGAGUACUUAAGGUGCUCAUUCAGCAGCCAGAACUUUAAGAGCUUACUUACAGCAAUGAAAACUUCGACAUUGAGAUAGGACUAUACGAUCCAGCAACAGACAAGUUCCUCGCUUCAACAAUGAAUCACAAACUUGAGUUCAGAGAGAAUAAGAACUACAGAAACGGAAAGUUAGAUUACUCCUGGUUGCAUUACCAGUUUGAAAGCCAGCAUAUCGGCAAGUUGUUCUAUGUCACUUUCAGAGCAGUGAACUUCAGCGUAUCCAUUGACUAGUAUUUAAGUGAAUGCGAAACAGUCUACAUUGAAUUGUAGUUCGCAGAGUAAGAGCAUAAAUGUUAGGACAGCUAAGUUGUGCCUCAAAUGGGCUCAUCUGCUGGCGUGAUCAAAGUUGAGUCAAACUCUCCAUACAAGUCUCCUCUAGAUAGGAAUACCUUCACCCUGAGAGACAAUUAUCAGACAUUCUUUUACUACUAAGACUACUAUCUUGGAGAUUACUAUGACAAAGUAGGAGUGGAGCAAGACUAUGAGAUCAAGAUCAGUAUUUAGCAGAAAUUUACUGAGUUGAACCUAGUUGAUUUCCUAGUAGAAAUCCUUGAUCAGGGAGUCAAUUACCAGGACAUUGAUAUGAGGAAGCACUAGGACAGCUACAUUAGAGAACCAACAUGCAAACUCUAAUGCCUCCUUAGUGGACAAAAGGCCUUUAAUGAAUUCCAUAAUGUAGUCCAAAUAUCUGCCAAGAGUCUAAUUAGAGUCUGGCUUCAUUAGUCUACUAAUGAUGGCAAAUGUGCCAACUUCUAACUUUUUGUAGAAGCAAAUAGAAUGAAUCUUAACUCUGAUGAAAUUAAGAGUUUGAAUGAUGUUAAAUGCCUAGAAUUGAAUUUGCCUUAAACCUUUAACAUCAGAAGAUAUCUUGGAGCAAAGGAAGAUGAUAACAGAUAAAACUAUGUUCAGAAGAACUUCCACUAUCUAGAGAGAUUCAGAGUUGAUAAUCUUAAAAAUAACUCAGCUCACACCAUUAACUUCGAACUAUUUGAAACCACCUUAGUUAGAAUGGUGUCAUCAGUGCACUAACACAUUGAGUAUGACUUAGUUUUGAGAUAGGUUAAAGAUGGAAACUCCAAAAAGCUUAUUGAUUCUAAAGCAAAAGACUAUGAAGACUCCAUAUUUGCCAUGCUUGAAAGAGGCUAAUAUCAAUUACAACUUUUGUUCCUAAGCAAUGAGAUUUACUUAUAGCAGCCAUGUCAAAGUGUUGAAAUGGAAAUCUCAAUGGUCUAGAUGAGAGAUGCUAAGAGCCAGGUCAAUCAAUUCAAAGAUCCAAGCAAGAACUUUAACCUAGAGGAGAUACUCUAGCAUCCAGAGAGAUAGCAGCAGGUGUUUAGAGACAAUGGCAUCAGUUUUUACAACAUUAAUGAUCAAAGUAUGGCCACUAACUAUCAAUCAUACGUUGAACUAUAUAAUCACAAGUUCUCUAUUCCAAAGAUGAAGGACCUGGGAGUAUUAAUUACUGUUAGAUCAGAUUUUGCACUGAACAAUGUGAACUUCGCUCUGACUAACGUGAACAACGACAGACUCCUGCGAAAUGUGAGACAUGAAAAUAUGGUGCAUUUAGUUGCAAGUGAUAUUCCAGGUGGAGACUAUGAACUUCUCAUCUAUGCUCACAACUGUUUGACAAAUGUGUAGGAUAGCUACGAGAGAGAUCAACUGAAAUUCUUAGAUGUUGGGUUCCAAAUAGAUUUGAACUUCAUCAGAAUCACUAAAGAGGAUGAUUUCAACCAGCAUACAAUCAUGGUCGAUACUAAAGAGUCAACAAUCAAGACUCAAAUUGAUACCAUUUAUACCCAUGAAUACAACUGUUACAGUAAGUAUGUAGUUUUAGACAACAAAAUUAUACCUUCCUUUGUAAACGGCAGAGUCGAUCAUGCUUAUGAAGCAAUGAUUGUUAAUCCCUAGAUUACUCAACAUCAGAUGACUUACAUACCUAUGAAAGAUCAGGAUGCAAUUAGAAUUAUAUUAGACAGGCCAAAUACAGUCAUCAAGCUCUUCAGAUCAGAUUAAAGUAUAGAGAGGGAUCAGCCCAUUACUCAGUCAUAUCCAGCAAAUCACGGAGAAUAGCAAGUGAUUCUGGGCACAAACCUAAAAGAAGGUCAGAGCUAUAUAUUCGUCAUUGAAUUUGCACAAGACUCCACUCAAGCUGGAGGAGACUUUGAAGAUUUGACUACUGAUGAUGAUGACUAUUGUGAACACUUUAGAAUCCAAAUUGAAUCUUUUAAGCAAAAUAGUUUGUGUGAGCAAGAGACCAGAGCCGAGACUAACUAUCCCCAGUUAAAUAUUGAUGAGAACUAUGAAGAUCACACUUAUAAAAUGAAUACUCAAUAGCAGCAUAUUUCAUUAGAGAUUAUCGUUACAAUGCCAUCUGCAGAUAUCAUAAUAUCGUUAGACUACUCUUACUUGUUCUACAUGCCUGAGGCAAGACUAUACAAGCAAAUGACUCAAGAAUUACAGAAGUUAAUUGGUGAUGUGAGAGCAGCCGAGAUUCAAACUGAAACCUAGGACAUGUCAGUGUAUAAAUUCUAUGACAUUCAGCAGGGUCAUUACUCUCUAAACAUCACUCUUCCUCAAAAGCCAAAGAACUGCAUGACUAGCUUCGGAGUGAAUGUGAUUUCCCAACUCAGCGGGUCUAAUAUAGCCAACUUCCAAACUUCUAACUAUGGUAUUGUGAGGACCUAUAUUUCAUAAGAGGAGAUAUAAGAUCUUAAUAGAUAUGUAGAGAGCCUUCCUAUCAGUCUAGACACAUAUAAGUAUCUAAAGGAUGAGGAAUAUAUGAUGGUCUCAGAAUACAUUAGAAUGAAUGAGGCUAAUAAUAUGAAUAAGAUCACAUUCAAGAUUAAGAAUCAGAAUUCAGACAAGACUUCUAUGCUCCGUGUCCACAUAGAAAACAGCGAGAUCUUAAUGACUCUUAGAAGCGUUAAUGUAAACACUGACUUAGAGAAGCUAAGAAGUUCGACUAUUAUCAAAGAACUGACUAAUGAUGACUAUGAAUUGAUAUUUGAGUUUUCGACUGAGCAAGCAAGGAAGAAGUCAACCGUGUUUAAAAACUCAUUCCACAUCACAAUUCAGAUCACUCCAGUUCAGUUCUUCCUGGAUAAAUAUAUUAGAUAUCAAGGUAGCGGACUCAUGAAUUGCGAUUCUUCUUUAAAUUUACCACUUUCACUCACUAGACAUCAAAACAAGAGAAUAUACGAAAAUGAGAUAGUCUACGAAUAUCCCUUACUGCGCUUAAGUGGUAAGUUACUGGCAACUUCACCCUCAAUUGACAGCUAUAAAUUCAGAGUAAACGAGACAUCCAGAUUCUAAUUUUCAUUUGGAAUGCAUUUAAUUGGAUAUUAAAUCAUAUUAAAACUCACAGAAAUGACUGAUAGCGGCAACUCAUGGAUUGGCAAGCAAGAAUUCAACCUGAAUACCAUUGAUACUACCGUGCCUCCAGGUGACUAUAGUCUAGAUAUUGAACAAAGUCAAGUUAUGGAUUGGAACAGCUAUUCUAAUUGGACUAAUCAAGGACUAUUAAAUAAUAUCUAAGUUUGUGGCAUUUUCAGUUUAUAAGGCAAAAUCACUCCUAUUAGUAACUUUGGGAAUAUUGGUGGCCUAAAUACAAUUAGUAAAUGUCCUAUUAAGAAUAAGUUACCUACUAAGAUCUACAAGAAUCCCAUAAAAGCUAAAGGUGGUCUUGAAGCAUCUAUAAAUGCUGAAGGUAAUUUCAUCCAAGCAUAUAGAGAUGUUUUAAUUAAGAAGAAUGCGAAUUCUCAUAAACAGCCCAGUUUCGAUAGAAUUGAAAUCGAGGCUGAGGAUGAUGCCAUUUUGACAGUUUUCUCUUAGCACAAAUCUCAGGGCACUAACAUUGUCAUUAAGCUAUUUGAUAGUUUUAAUUCCAAUAGCGAUAAGGGCAACUAGCCUCUUUACCACACUCAAUCUGUUGCUGCCUAUAAGCAUGAAGAAAGCUAAGUAUCUUACAAAAUUAUUAAGGACAGGUCCUAUUAUCUGUUUGUGUACUAUGAGGGUCAGUUGAGAUUUGAUUCCAAGACAAACCAAGAGAAAUGCGACUACUUCAACAUGCUAUUAAGCAUAUAAACAAUAACUAAGCUCAAACAGGAUCUCACAUGUUUGACUGAGAGAGAUGAUUAAAUGCAAAAUAUCAAGCAGCUUGACAAGGAUCUGCCAAAGACAAUUAAGGACAAUGAUCUCAAGAAUGGAGAAUUCAAGUUUGCAAGCUACACUGAACUUAAAUAUCCCUCUGGGUUCGAAGUGAUGAUGGCUAAAGAUCAAAAAGAUUUCAUUUCACUUACUGUGGACAUCAAGUUGAAUCAAGCGUUUGACAUUGAUGCUCAGAUGAGAUUUGAUUUUGCAAAUUCUCUAUUUGAUCUGAACGUAUUUGACAAUAUCAAGACAGAUGAUGUAGACUCUAAAUCUUUGCCAGAAGAUUAUGUACCAAUUACUGAAUAAGCACCUAUAAAAUUCAAUGACCUCGAUGCAACAAACGAUUACAUUAUUCGCAAAGUAAUUGGAAAAGGCUUAAGAGCAAAUAACCUUUACAAUUUUAUGCUAGCAGAUGAGGUUUCUUACUAUAUUUUCAAAGAAGUUUAUGAUGCAGUCAAAUAGCCUCUCUGUCUAUAUUAGAAUAUUGAAAUAUCAAUCAAAACUAAGGACAAAAAUAAAGUAGUGAUUUUCUCUGAAAAUACUCCUCUUAUUGUUGGAAUGAGACCACAGCCAGUGAAUUAUACCAAGAAAGGAAAUGCUACCUAGUCUCUACCUCAUUUGCUGCCGAAGGGCCUGAAUUUUGCAAAAGUAAGCCUUGACUUUUCCACUGCGCCUUUCCACAAGAGUUACUAGAUACCUAGGUUGAGAAAUAUGGCCUCAAAGAAAUAGCUGGCAGAGUUGUUUGGGUUAUAAAUUCUUCAGCCAAGGUCAAUGGACGUACUCAGAAUUAAGAAGCCAGCUACCAUUGUGGCAGAUUCUAAGAAUCCGUUGGCAGUAACUUUGCUCUUCGAUGUUACUGAAGAGGCUAUGGCUGAUCAGGCAGGAGUGCUGAUGCGCCUUUAUGUAGACUGGGAGAAUCUUGUCAACUCAGAAAAGAAGCAAAUCUAAAUGGCAGAAGGCUUAACAAUACCAAUGUUCGCAUUUGAGGGAAAGGAGAUUAUGAAUGACCAGAAGGGCAAGAGAGAACAUGUAGAUAACAUGAAAAUUUUUUAGGAUAGAAUAAUCAAAAUAAAAGAAUAGUAAAAGAACAUAACCUGCUUGUGCGUUCAUGGAAAAUGCCUUGACGGAGAAAAAUACUGCUACAAAUGUGACAAUGGCUGGGCAGGUAAACUAUGUGAUCUUAAAUCUGAUUCUUCAAAUAUUAAUCAAGACAAGGGAGAAGAUAAGAUAUCUUAUAAGAAAAGAAUUACUGAUGGUUCCAGAUUGACUCGAGAUAGAACUAGCUCAGAUUAUGACUAAAAUAUCAACAUUAUCUCGAAUGAUAGAGAUCGCUAGAGAAAAGGAGAUUUCCUCUAAAGUGACAUUAACAUCUUCUAAAACGAUGACUUAAUGAGAAAUCAGUUCAAAGAUUAAACUCAAUUGACGUAGGACAAUAAAAACAUAAAAACUGAUGACUCAAGUCUUCUCUAGAGUUUCGGCCAUCUACUCUGGCAAUUGAUUCUCUUUGUCCUUUCACUGACUAUUUUAGCAUUAAUUGCUUAUGGAAUCAAAAACAGAAAAGAUUUCGCAUAGUAUAUCCCAUUAACUUAAAGUGAAAACGAUGACGAUCAGUCUCAACCUGCAUUGGAAUUAAAAGAAUUUAGAUCAGAGGAUAGAAGAAAAUAACAAUAACAAAAUCAAAAAGAUGCUACUAAAUUGAAGACUAAAGAAUUCCCAAGAGAUAUUAGAGAUUAACUAAAUUAGUCCAAGCCAAAGUAAUAGACAUUGGAUCAACAGAAUAUCUAGGAAUAGGAAGAAUUUGAUGCAUAAACUAAGUUACUAACCACUGAACUAGAAUUAUUUGCUAGCGAGCAAGACUCGGCAUCGAUGCUCCGUGAAUAAGAUAGCAGUGGCUUGUAUUAGUAACAGUAUGAAGCUUCAGAGCAGCAAUACCAAGAGCAAGAGCAUUUUGGAUUGCUGGAUUAGCAAUAAUACGAUUAGAACAUUGAUUAGUAACCAGGGGCUUACCAUUAUGACGAAUAUAAUUACGGCAAUUUCUAAUACUAUCAUGAACCAUAAUCUUAGUAAGUUAAUGAAAUCGCUACAAGUCAUGAGAUUGAGAAUGUACUAAAGGAGAUGAAGGACUUAGAUGAAGACGACGAAGAGUAUGAUGAAGAUGCUGAAAUCAGGCGAUUCAUUUGA